AUGGGAGACGAACGGAGUUCCAAUAAUCACCCGGAAGAUGCCCUUUUGGGCUUGCGCCAGGCACAGGAAAGCGUCAUCAGAAGGUGGAGACUCGCAGAGGCAGAGCCCCCGAAGGAGUUCCAGACCGUCCAAGAAACAGGGAAGUUCCGGGAAAUUCGCGCUCUCUACGCCCCGAGCACGCAGCAAAAAGUCUCCACGGAAGUCCUCGGAGAAAGCAGGAGAUUCUUCCCGUUUUCGCACUUCAACAGAGUCCAGAGCGUUCUCCUCGGGCCAAUUUACAGCACGCGAGAGAACGUGAUGAUCUCUGCCCCGACAGGCUCUGGGAAGACGGAAAUUGCCGUCCUGGGAGUCCUGAAGGAGGCAGAAUCCCACGGAAAGUUGACUCGCGCAGUCUUUCUCGCUCCAACGAAGUCCCUCAUAAAAGAGGUCCUGAAGACGCUGGAGAGAAGAUUCCGGGACUUCCUCAGCACAGCCCAGGAUACGACAGACUCACGCCCUCCCACACACGAAGUGAAUGUCCUAGUGACAACUCCGGAGAGAUUCGAUAUCCUGAGCCUGCACGGAAAAGUAUCUCCUUCUCUCCUGGUAGUAGAUGAAAUCCAUGCCCUGGAGGAGGCUAGAGGGGGAGUCCUGGAAAGUGUCGUCCUGAGAAGUCGGGGGAGAAUGCGGAUAAUUGGGAUGAGUGCGACAGUGCCGAAUUACAGGGAUAUUUCUUGCCUGAUAGGGGCUAAGGAGAAGUACGCUUUCUACUUCGGGAGUGCCUGCAGGGAAGUUCCCGUGAGUUAUACUGUUAUCGGAGUGAAAGAAAAAAAUCAGGUAAAAAAAAUCUCCAACGGAAUCUCCAACGGAAUUCUAAGGGAAAAACUCGGGGAAAUCCUGGGGGGAAGAUUAUUCGGGGAAGUACCUACUCUUCUCUUCCUGGGGGCAAGGAAAGAGUGCUUUCCCGUGGCCUGUGAAGUCGCUAGACUCCGAAAGCCCAGGAGUCUCCAGGCGAGAGAAUCUCCGAAUAAAGCCUUUGAAGGAGAAGCCCGGGAGUAUUCGGAGAUUCUCUCGCGGGGGGUGGGGAUUCACCACUCGGGCCUUUCCCAGGGAAUGCGUCUUCUCGUGGAGAGACUCUUCAGGGAGGGCGGAAUACGCGUGAUUUGCUGCACGGGGACUCUCGCAUGCGGAGUAAAUCUUCCUGCUGAGAGAGUUAUCAUAUGCGGAUCCCCAAGAGCAGGAUACUCCCUCUCGGAAAUCUCUCAAAUGGCAGGAAGAGCAGGGAGGAGGGGACACUCUUCGGAGGGAAAUGUCGUUAUUAUAACGGAAAAUAGCCGUGUUUCAGCCUGUGCUCGGGCACUUACUUUCCAGUUUCCUGUUGAGAGCCGCUUGGGGGAGACUUUUCCCACGCGGAUUUUGUACGAAAUUUGCAGUUCCCCAAGGAAAGUGCAGGAUUUGGUGGAAUGGGUCGGGAAAACGCAUGCGUACAGGAGGGGGAUGGUGCACGAGGAGACGAGGAAGCACUUUUCCGACUUGCCCGCUCUUGUAUGCUCUAUUUUGGAGGUUCUUCACGGGAUGGAAGUAAUUCUUCUUCAGGACGAAAAUUCCGCCUGGGGAAAGUUUGCAGGAAUAGUUCAGCCGUCAGGCCUGGGAAAAAUCGCAUUCUCCUUCUACAUGCGCCCGGAAUCUGUCUCUCGGUUUCACAGGGUCUUUCUAGAGGCGGAAAAUAAAAAAGUAUUUUUCGACGUGGGGGAUGUGAUUCUCCUGGUGAGCACGGCGGAUGAGUUUAGAGAAGUUGCAUCCCUUGAGAAGGUAGAAGGCGUGAAUCUUCGGGGGGAGGGCCCUGGGGAAGUCCUGGAGGCUGAGAGUGGAUAUUUGCCCCUUCUUUCUGCGAAGUAUCCCGUGAAGGACGGAGGAAACAGGGCCAGGAAGAUGGUUGAAAGGUGGGGGAGAGGGAGCGAGCUUGUUUUCUUCCUGAUACAAGCGCAUAUUGAAGGAGUUCCUGUAGGGCCUUCUCUGCAGAGUGCUUUCGGGAAAGUCGUUGUAAGCCUGGAGAGAGUCGCAAAAGCAGCUCUGGAAGUGGCCAGAGCUAUUCCGAGCAGGUCCGUGCAUGCGGUGAUGGACUUAGUCCUGAGCUCGCGCACGAGAGAGUGGAGAUACUCUCGUGGGAGGACUCCUGUGAGCGUGCAUGUGGAAAUAUCCCAGGGAAUUAUAACGGUUAAAAACCUGAAUUUAAGAAAAAUAUUCGUUAGUAUCUCAUCUUCCACGGAGUACCGAGUGAUACACACGGCCUUCACUGCAGGAGCAGCACACACGUACGAAGUACCGCCUGAUUCCCCGAAAGGAACGGCAUAUACCGUGCGAGUAGAGGCUUCUGACGCCUUCACAGAGCCUACAGUAGUUCAUCUGUGCGAAUAG